GAACUUUAUUACGUAAGGCGGCAAUGGCUCGUACAAAGCAAACUGCUCGUAAAUCGACUGGUGGGAAAGCUCCACGUAAGCAGCUGGCUACAAAGGCUGCUCGCAAAAGUGCCCCUGCUACCGGAGGAGUAAAGAAACCUCAUCGCUACAGGCCUGGAACUGUAGCUCUUCGAGAAAUUCGACGCUAUCAGAAAAGUACCGAAUUACUGAUCCGAAAACUUCCGUUUCAACGUCUGGUUCGUGAAAUCGCUCAAGAUUUCAAAACCGAUCUGCGAUUCCAGAGCUCUGCCGUCAUGGCUCUACAAGAAGCCAGCGAAGCAUAUUUGGUUGGGCUUUUCGAAGACACCAAUUUAUGCGCUAUCCAUGCCAAGCGUGUUACUAUCAUGCCUAAAGAUAUCCAACUAGCACGUCGUAUUCGAGGAGAAAGAACUGAGGUGUAUAUAAGAACCCUAGUUUCAAGUAUAAAACACAUUCGCUGUAAUAUUGGUAAGCGCAACGAGUGGAAGAGUUCUACGAUUUUUGAUAUUUUCAUUACACACGUGAAUUCUGCAAUGGCUCGUACAAAGCAAACUGCUCGUAAAUCAACUGGUGGGAAAGCUCCACGUAAGCAACUGGCUACAAAGGCUGCUCGCAAAAGUGCCCCCGCCACUGGAGGAGUAAAGAAACCUCAUCGCUACAGGCCUGGAACCGUAGCUCUUCGAGAAAUUCGACGCUAUCAGAAGAGUACCGAAUUACUGAUCCGAAAACUUCCAUUCCAACGUCUGGUUCGUGAAAUCGCUCAAGAUUUCAAAACCGAUCUACGAUUCCAGAGCUCUGCCGUCAUGGCUCUACAAGAAGCCAGCGAAGCAUAUUUGGUUGGGCUUUUCGAAGACACCAACUUGUGCGCUAUCCAUGCCAAGCGCGUUACUAUCAUGCCGAAAGACAUCCAGCUGGCGCGACGUAUUCGUGGAGAGAGAGCAUAAGCCAUUUCAACAGCAUAAACAAUCGGCCCUUUUUAGGGCCAAAAUUUGUUCCAACGCUUGUAGCAACUCGAAUUUUGCAAACGAAGUUCUGAAGUAGUUAACUGAUUCAUGUAAAAAAAAAAAGAAAAAAAGAAUACAUUUAUGCUUUAGAAUCUUAUUCCUAAUUCAAAAUGAAAGAUCGAAAAUAAAUGCAGUUACAGUGAA